AUGAAGCCCCUCGGGCCCCAAGACUCUGGAUCUGAGUCUGGUCUAACUGGUACUGAAGCAGCUGGAGCACAGCAGUCGGCAGGACUCCGGUCUACUGCCUCUGUUGCUGUUACUGCUAAUACCGCUUCUGCUCCACGAAGACUUCCUGUCAAUCCCCGCCGACACAAGGUUGCUCCCGAGCACCGCAAGCGUGUCGCUACAGCGUGCAAUGCUUGCAACGUGAGAAGAGUCAGAUGCUCUGGUGAGCACCCGUGUCGGCAAUGUCAAUCCUCUUCACGCGACUGCGUAUAUCCUCUUCCUGUUGAGAAGGUCUCUAUUACACGCGCAGAGCUUCAAGAACUAAAACACAAGGUCGAUCUCUAUGAACGGGUGCUUCGGGAUACUGUACCCGCUGCUAUAUCCAACGCGGUUACCGAUGCCAACAGUCGCCAAGAGCUAUCUGCAUUGCUUGGUCGGACAUUGUCUGGUUCUGGUCAUAACGCUGGGCCUGGUACCGGGUCAACAAUUCAUUCACAUACAGCAUCAACCAUAGAUGGGCACACAAAUAUCGCGAGGGGUACACAUGAGCUUCCUCAAUACCAAUAUCCCAGCGUUCAUCGACAGUUCCAACAAAUCCCCCAGUCUCAGUCUCAAAUCCAAUUCCCAGAUGCGCGGAUCCAAGAUCUUAACAUUGGUCUUUCACGAUCGCAUCUUCCCCCAGCACAGUCCAUAUCGAAUACAAAUCAGAGGCAAGAUGAAGACGAGAACCUGGCAACUACCGAAGGUCGUCUACUACAUGAUCCUGACGGCUAUGCGCGCUUUCUCGGCGAGACGAGUGGUGCAACUUUUCUUGAUUACCUGAAAGAGUUCAUGACAACUGUUCUGCCUCUUGCGUACCAGAACCUUCGCCCAGGCUCUGAUGGCAGUGCAUUCUUGUCGAGUCUCGGCCGCUAUCAGACCUACGACUCUCGUCCUUUGCACGAUCGUGAUGUCGACCCUACAUGGUUCCCUUCCCACCCGGAGAUGGACGCCAUGUUAUCCGAGCUACGAUACUUUAUUCAAGAUGGAAACGGACAUUGGCCAAGCGGCGGUAUUUACUGGUGGGGGAAUCUCUCGACGACACCUGUGAUCCCUUCACUAGAGCGAGACCCGCCGGUCGUCCGGUUGAAAAAAUGCCGUCCUCUCGCUCUGUAUCAGACGGCAUUCGCUGUGGUCUCUCAGGCUACAAUCAUGCCACCCCAGGAUAUUUCGAUAGAUUCUCAUCUCAGCGAGAGCUACUUCAGCAGGGCCCGUAUGCUCUUGGGAAAUCCUCUCGACAUCACCCGCUUUACGCCCAAUGAAGUUGCUGCGUUGACUCUGAUGGGAUUCUACUUGAUUGAGAUGAAUCGCCGCGAUGCUGCCUACAUGUGUGUGAGCAGUGCAAUGCAUAUUAGCAUCAUGCAUGGCUCUCAUAGGGGUUGGCUAGAUGAAAGCGGCAAGCGAGUCUUCUGGACGUUAUACGUGCUGGAUCGCUAUCUGAGCUGUCUAAUGGGAAGACCCCCAACUAUCAUGGAUGAUGCUAUCCGUUUAGAACCCCCCCGUGAUGCACCGUCUAUGCCCCCAGCCGAUGGUCUCAGGGCACACGUCGAGCUUUCAAGAAUCUCAAGUCACAUCGUGUGUAACACAUAUCGCAUAUCCCCUUCAGAAGAUGUUGCGAGACCUGUAAGGAGUCUCGAAGGAGAAAUUAGAAUGCUUGAUAAUUGGAGUCUAAAUCUUCCGCCAACCAUACGACUUUCAAGCAACGGACUGAGCGAUGACCCGGCCACCUGCUUGUUACAUAUGCACUACAACCAGCUCAUCAUCCUCACUAUACGCCCGGUUUUCUUUACUCUAGUCAAAAAGUCAUUCGCAGAAAAGCUCGUCUCCCGCCAAUGCUCCUUGAGAACACACCCCCAGCUUCCUCACCUCAAGCGAUGCAUUGCCUCAGCAGAGCACAACAUUCGUCUCGCACGCCAGAUCUUACUUGUUAACCAACCUCGAAAACUGCUUCAAGCUGGUCUUCAUUUCAUAUUCAACGCUGCUAUUGUGCUGAUGCUGCAGCAGCUGGUCGAGGAUCUGUGUCCGUCAUCCAGAACCGAAAAGGCUCGGUCACUCGAUCUUGACUUCGUGAUCGCCAGGUUCGAGGAUGAGAGCCGUGUGGGCAGCAACUAUGGGCGAGACUGCGCCACGGUUCUUAGAGACCUUCGCGUUCUUGUUCAAAGACUUCCUAUACCUGUGGACAUCAGCGCUGCGACGCGCUCUGUCAACAUGAGUCAAGCUUCGACAACCUACGAUCCAAUUGCAAACCGAACAACAGUAGAUAUGGGACAAUCAUGGCCGGACAAGUUGACUUCAGAGGCACUGCAGCAACCUAUUCUUGUUGAUCAAGGUCACAUGCUAUAUAAUGAGUUGGUGUCGUGGAUAGAUGUCGAUUGGCAGACCUAUAAUGGGUAUCUCAUUUAG